AUGUCUUCACAGAGUAGCAGGAGGUCCAUUGUGACGUAUCUUCUGCUGUUGAUGUUGGAUUGUUUCUGGAAAGCGGCGUCUGGGCAGCUCUCCUACUCCGUCUCAGAGGAGGUAAACCCGGGGACGAAUGUCGGAAAUAUCGCGAAGGAUCUAAACCUCAAUGUGCAGGAUUUGGAGUCCCGUUUAUUUCAGGUUGUUACGGGAUCCAAGAGGAAAUACUUCGAGGUAAAUCUCAAAACCGGAUUCCUGUAUGUCAAUGAGAGAAUAGACCGAGAGGAGCUUUGUACAGAUGAACCCAAAUGCACUGUAAACGUAGAGGCAGUUAUAAACAGCCCACUAAAGCUAUACCGCGUAGAGAUAGAAAUUAGAGACGUGAAUGACCAUUCUCCCUCUUUUACCACGAAAUCCCAAAUACUGGACAUCGCAGAGAACACCUUGCUUGGGUUUAAAUUCGCGUUGUCGGAGGCAAGCGAUGCCGAUGUGGGUAAAAAUGGUGUCAGUGCGUAUAAGCUCAGUCCAAACGAAUACUUCAGUCUGUCGACACACAAACGAGGAGAGAGUUUAUCUCCAGAGUUAGUGCUGCAGAAAGCCCUGGACCGUGAGAAGAAGCCACAUAUGCAGCUCAUGUUAACUGCGGUAGACGGGGGAACGCCACCAAAUUCAGGCACAUCAGAAAUUAAAAUAAAUGUACUCGAUAUAAAUGACAAUGCGCCAAUGUUCAGCAGCACUCUUUACAAAGUUCAAACGUUUGAAAAUAUCCCUCUUGGUACGGCAAUCUUCACCUUAAAUGCGACCGACGCUGACGAAGGCACAAACAGUGAGGUAGUGUAUUCUCUUCGUAAUCAGGAUCAGGAGCACAUUCUAGAUGUUUUCAAAAUAGACCCUGAAACGGGGAUCAUUUCAGUGAAAGGGAAGAUCGACUAUGAGGACAGAAAAGCUUUUGAAAUACGAGCGGAGGCAAGAGACAAAGCCCAGCCUCCCCUGUCUGCUCAUAGUAAAGUGCUGGUAGAAGUAAUUGAUGUAAAUGACAACGCUCCUGAGCUCACUGUGACGUCACUGCUCAAAACAGUGAAGGAGGACGCUGAUGUGGGUAUUGCCAUUGCACUUGUUUCCGUUCUAGACAGAGACAGUGGAAAAAAUGGGCAAAUCAAAUGUGAAAUCUUGAAUACGGUUCCGUUCAAAUUGGAGACAAAUUACAAAAACUAUUACUCUUUAGUGGUGGACGGACAUUUAGACAGAGAGGUAACUCCUCAGUACAAUGUAACAAUUUCAGCAACCGAUGAAGGGAGUCCUCCUCUUUCAAACAUCACCGUUGUUACCGUUUAUGUUUCUGAUGUUAAUGACAAUGCCCCAAGUUUCCCGGAAGAUUUAGUAAAUAUUUAUGUGAAAGAAAACAGCAAAGUAGGGACAGUUAUUAAAACGGUGACGGCAACCGAUGCUGACUUCAGCAACAACGGCCAGGUGAGCUACUCGUUUUUAAAGAGUAAUAGUAAAACUCUGCCUCUCUCGACAAUGAUAAACAUCAACUCGGAGACUGGAGACAUAGUCAGUCUGCAGUCUUUUAACUACGAGGAGUUAAACACCUUUCAGUUCAAAGUUCAGGCUACAGACUCUGGUGUUCCUCCGCUCAGCAGCAACGUGACUGUGAACGUUUUAGUCCUGGAUGAGAACGACAACAGUCCCACGAUCCUCCCGCCCUAUUCUGAGCACGGCUCCGUUAACAGUGAGAGCAUCCCCUAUUCUGCUGAAGCGGGAUACUUUGUGGCAAAGAUCAGGGCUGUAGACGCAGACUCUGGAUACAAUGCGCUGCUUUCUUACCACCUGUCUGAGCCCAAAGGAAACAACCUCUUCCGGAUAGGAACCAGCACCGGAGAGAUCAGGACUAAGAGGAGAAUGAGUGACAACGACCUGAAAGCUCACCCCUUGGUGGUGUUGGUUUCUGAUAACGGAGAACCUUCCCUGUCAGCUACUGUGUCUAUUGACGUGGUGGUGGUUGAAAGCACAGCUGACAUCCAGACUCAGUUCAGACAUGUGCCCCUAAAGGAGGACAGCUUCUCGGACUUAAACCUGUAUCUGCUGAUCGGCAUCGUGUCGGUGUCGGUGAUCUUUCUGCUGAGCCUCAUCAGUUUAAUAGCUGUCAAAUGCCACAGGACCGACGGCAGCUUCAGCAGGUACAGCGCCCCAAUGAUCACCACCCACCCUGACGGGAGCUGGUCUUACUCCAAAUCUACUCAGCAGUAUGACGUGUGUUUCAGCUCAGACACGCUGAAGAGUGACGUAGUGGUUUUCCCCACCCAGUUUCCUCCUGUCGAUGGUGAACUAAUCAGUAUUAACGGAGGAGAUACUUAUACCAGAACUCAGACGUUGCCUAAUAAAGACAAGGCACGAGAUAGAGGCACUCCUCCUCGCAGUGCACAUAGUAAGAUCUUAGUGGAAGUUAUUGAUGUCAAUGAUAACGCUCCAACAAUCUCGGUGUCAUCCCUCAUGAGUCCAGUGAAAGAGGACGCUGACAUAGGCACAGCUAUUGCUAUGUUUAAAGUUCAGGCCACAGACUCUGGUGUUCCUCCGCUCAGCAGCAACGUGACUGUGAACGUUUUAGUCCUGGAUGAGAACGACAACAGUCCCACGAUCCUCGCGCCCUAUUCUGAGCACGGCUCCGUUAACAGUGAGAGCAUCCCCUAUUCUGCUGAAGCUGGAUACUUUGUGGCAAAGAUCAGGGCUGUAGACGCAGACUCUGGAUACAAUGCGCUGCUUUCGUAUCACCUGUCUGAGCCCAAAGGAAACAACCUCUUCCGGAUCGGAACCAGCACCGGAGAGAUCAGGACUAAGAGGAGAAUGAGUGACAACGACCUGAAAGCUCACCCCUUGGUGGUGUUGGUUUCUGAUAACGGAGAACCCUCCCUGUCAGCUACUGUGUCUAUUGACGUGAUGGUGGUUGAAAGCACAGCUGACAUCCAGACUCAGUUCAGACAUGUCCCCCUAAAGGAGGACAGCUUCUCUGACUUAAACCUGUAUCUGCUGAUCGGCAUCGUGUCGGUGUCGGUGAUCUUUCUGCUGAGCCUCAUCAGUUUAAUAGCUGUCAAAUGCCACAGGACCGACGGCAGCUUCAGCAGGUACAGCGCCCCAAUGAUCACCACCCACCCUGACGGGAGCUGGUCUUACUCCAAAUCUACUCAACAGUAUGACGUGUGUUUCAGCUCAGACACGCUGAAGAGUGACGUAGUGGUUUUCCCCGCACAGUUUCCUCCUGUCGAUGGUGAACUGAUCAGUAUUAAUGGAGGAGAUACUUAUACCAGAACUCAGACGUUACCCAACAAAGACAAGGUAAGAGCCCUAAAGAAUGAACACUGUCAAUCACUCAAUGUUGUCUUUGACGUCUAG